AUGACCUCACAAUAUGCUGCGGAGCUAUGCGAGCUUCUCGUAGAAGAGAACUUCGGAGAGCUGUUUGGGCGAAUCUUCGCAACACUUUCGCGCUAUGAUCGCCUCAAUCUGCCUCGCCUCAAGGCUUACUCCGAACUUCCAAAUCGCCAGCUUCUCCCCGCACUCGCUGCUAUGAUUCAGCAGCACCUUGUCUACCAUUACACAUCCUACGAUGAUGGCGUUACGUAUUAUGAAGCCAAUAUGCAGUCUGCAUACUAUCUUGUCCGUUCUGGAAAAAUUCUGGAACUUGUGGAGGAACGACUGGGCAAGUAUGCGGCGACCAUCCUGUCAACCAUCAUGUAUCUCGGACAUGCCCAAGUGAGCUACCUGGAGACUUUGCCGGAAUUGACAUGCGAGGCGGUCAGAGCCAAUGGCGUUUCUAAGGAGCAUGCCGGAUUCGAGGAAGAUGAAGAACAGUCGAAUGGACUCAAUGGAGAACAUACCAGUGAACAGCCUGAGCUUCUUCACCCGACAUUGAAAGUCCUAGCUGCCCAUGGUUAUAUCAUCCGUGUUAGGGAGGCACAAUUCCAGAGCCAUGCGGACAACAUCCUCGACGCAGAGCGAGUCAUAAGAUCUAAACCAGAGAUCAAAGCAUUGAAGGGCAAGAGGCUAGAGGAGGCAGUCAUAGAAGGAACACUCGGAUUGCUCAAGGAGAGAACGGACGGGGACCUGACCCGCGGUCUGAUAGUCCAUGGGGCUCCCAGAGGCGCCAAGCGCAAAUACAGUUCUCGGAGGGCUGACGAGCCCAACAAAAAAUCCCGAAUCGAUCUUGCCAGCGUCGAUGAAAAUGAUGAGCAGGAUGAGGAAGAGGAGAACGAAUGGUCGGAUGAAGAAAUGGGCUACGAUACCACUCCAAUGGAGUCUGGGUUGGUUGUCCGAGUCAAUUAUAACAAGCUCGACGUCGCACUGCGAAAUCGCCGCUUUAUAGAAUUAGCUGAGCAGGGCGUGUCGCCAGCAACAGCUGAAGUAUAUGAAUGCCUACUUCGACGCAUUGAGUACCAGACCCAUCAGUGCCGAGACACUGCCGAGAUACCUCGAGAGGGAGAAGAGGGAGAGCAGUACUCUGUGCCGAUAGCACUCAGUGCAUUAGCCGAAGACGUCGACCCAGGGCUUGACCUUUCUAGUUCUACGGGUCCCAUGGAUACCUCUCAGCCAGAUGUCAGGCGUGGGAAACGGCCCUUGGAAAGUGAUGUUGAUGGAACAAAUCACGAAGGGGCGAAUGGACUGUCUUCUGGCGGUAAUCGUACUUUUGAGAUCGACCAACACCUUUCUCUUUUGGCGCAGCCACCCCACAACCUCACAUCCAAACGCAUGGUUUCGGGCCUCGUCACGUGGACAGUAGAGUUCCGUCAUCUGGCGCGAAAGCUCCGGCACCUCGAACUGGAGAGGAUGAUCGAGGCUCGGUACGGCGACGUUGCGUUGCGGGUGGUCCGAGUUCUCCAUGCCAAGGGCAAGCUAGACGAGAAGCGACUCCAAGAAAUCAGUCUGCUCCCCUUCAAGGACCUGCGGCAGGUCCUUGCGAGCAUGCAAGCAGGCGGAUUCGUGGACCUGCAAGAAGUGCCACGGGACGCUCAGCGCCAGCCAUCACGCACAAUCUACCUCUGGUACUACGACCCUGACCGCAUCUGCAACAGUGUGCUGCAGGACACGUACAAGGCCAUGUCACGGUGUCUGCAGCGUUUGAGGUUUGAGCGUAGCCGGCUAAAGGAGUUCUUGGAGAAGACGGAGCGGAGUGAUGUCAAGGGCAACGAGCAGCGUUAUCUAUCUGAACCGGAAUUGGUGCUUCUAGAACAGUGGAGGGCCAAAGAGGCGUUGUUAUUAGGCGAGGUGGCGCGCCUGGAUGAGAUGGUUGCUGUGAUGAGAGACUAUUGA